AUGAGCGACGAACAACCACUGAUUUUCUUUGAUUUCAAACUAGAUCGUUAUGGGAAUACGCGGUUGGACGUGAACAUGGUUACCUCUCGGACGCUGGAGUCUGUUGCCCUUUCGCGCCUUGUGCUUUCUGCUAACCAUUCAUCGAGGGCAAAAGCAAAAGAUUUUGCUUUAAAUUCCACUUUUGUCUAUCCCAUGCUCAAUGGAUAUAUUUGGAUUGGCCAUGACAUAAUCCGAUCUGACUAUCCAAGAUUGAAGAAAGCUUUUGCAGAAAUCAAUCAAGACCCUCCUGUGCCGAAAGAUAUAAUUGAUAUAAGUCACUUUUUGAUGUCCAAGACCAAGCUUGCCGGACUUGCGAAAAUGAUUGGAUUAGGUAAUCCAAGUCGGGAGUUGCACGCUUGCGACGUGAAUAUUAGAGUGCUAUCAAGCGCCUUGAACGCGUCAUGUCAAUAUAUGUAA